AUGAGAGUAAACUUAGCUGCCCAAGUAUUAAGUGCUUCUGUUGCAGCAGUACUCAAAGAGUUUGGGCCUCCAGAAGCAGCAGGGACUGCUAAAUUUGCACUAAUGAUGGACAAGUUUUUUGACUGCCUUAAUGUAAGAAGUGACAGUGAGCACAAAAUUAAACGAAAGCCUUACCUUGCUCCUUACACGUCACUGGUUGAUGAAAGAUUUUCGUGGUUAGAAAAUGAGUUUCUUUCAUACUUUAAAGCAUGGAAGAAAAGUACAACUGAUCGUGUUGGCAAUUUCACUCCAAAUGCAAGGAGCAAGAUGUUUAUCUCUUGGCAGACCUAUGAAGGUUUACACUUUGGCUUCAAUUGAGGUAACCAAAUUCUUGCUAACUGAAGGCCUUGAUUUUGUGCUAACCGAAAGAUUCUGCCAGGAUCCUGUGGAGGAAUACUUUGGAAAUCAGCGAAAAUUGGGCCGUCAAUCGGACAACCCAGAUAUGUUUAGCUUUGGAUACAACACAAACACUCUGCGAAUCCAAAGAGAGGUUUCCCUGACCAGUGGCAACAUGAGAGGGCGAAAGGACAAAAGAAAGUCUUGGGAAAACGUUUCAGAAGAUGUUGUGCCCAAACGAAAGGUACUGCGUACUAAAAAUACUAAAUAAAAACACAGACUAGUUGAAGGCUGGUUACAUUGUACAACGUAUCAUGUUCAUAUUUAAUUUUGAUGUGUAUUACAUUUAAUACAAUGUUAUGCAAUAUGAAGGGUGAAAUAUAAAAAUAUAUUUGUUGCUUAAUCUCAUUGAUUAUGCUCUUGUACUGUAUAAUGUAAUACAGGCAUUUUGACUUCGGCUGGCAAAAAUGUAUCUUUUUGUGAAAUUAUGAGAAAAAUAAUAUAUUUUGCCAAAGUUUAAAUUCGGCGAUUUAAACAGAAGUAUGUGGAUUAUUCCACGAUUUUGCACAGAAUGUCUGAAUUAAUGCCUGAAUUUUACUUUUUAAUAUUCUUUUUUGGUGCAGAUUCAAUAGCUCUUUGGAUAUCUUUUCUUAAAGCCUUCUGUUUCAACUUACUUUUUGCAGCUAGCUUGUACUUUUGAACAACAUCUUUGGCAAGGGAAAAUGCUCGUACUUUAAUAUACAGAUAAACAAUUGAAUGUAAAAUGUCUUUGCCAACUUGUUUUUCCGGUUUAAGUUCAGAAUUAGCAAUUAAAGAAUCAAAUGCUGAUAAAAUGUCUGGGUGUGAUAAUGACCUGAACAAAAUUGUAUUAACAUCUACCUUAUUUUCAUUAAUGGAUGUAGUUAAAUCUCUAAAUAUGUUUUCAGUUUUAAAUAUAAUCACCUGGGCAUUUGCAUUUAUAGCCCACAAACCACCACGGUUUAAACAUGAAACCAAUUUUUGUUCAUCAACGUCUGUAGUACGAGCAGCUUCAAGAACAGAAAUUGCUUGCUGAUAUUCUGGCGAUUUCCACUUUGGGCUGUUUUUCAAUUUCUUGUGUAAGUUGUGAAAAACAUAACCACCACGGUAUUGUCCCCCAGAUCGUUCUCUUUCCGACAGGAUAGUAUUUGUAGUGCUAGUUAUAUCCCUGGACCGUCCAGAUGGGUCGACAUCAACCGAGUUCUUGUCUUUCUUUGCAAGAAAUAACAUGUGAUCAGCAACUUUAGUGGCAAGGAAUGUUGCUGUCUUUUCAGCAAGUCCUGGAAAAUAUCUUGUAGCCUUGGGUGGUACCUCACUAAAAUACUGUGUAUAAAAUUUCUCCACGUUUCCCUUUUUCUGAUAUUCUCUGUAAAGCUUUUGCAUCAUUUUCAUUUCACAAGUAUCUUCCCCAAGAACCAGACAGUAUGAUGCAAGUUCAUCUCGUGCUGUCUUUGGAUAACAGGCAUUUUUGCUCAGUUUUAAUGCAGUCUCUUCAACAAUCUGGGAAAGAAGGUGAGUUGUUAAGUCAUCUUGGCAAAUACUGCCACUGCCGUUGGUUGCAUGAUCAUGCUUUGCAUUGGUGUGCCUUUUUAAACCAGAUUUGCUUUUGAAUUUCUUGCCACACAUCUUGCAAAUAAAGUGCCCAGUUUCAACCUAUAAAUAAAAGAGACAAUAUAUGUUUCUCCUAUAUUUAUUCAUUAUAGAAAUAGAUCAAAUGUGGGAUAAAUAUACACGGCGUUCAAUAUAUGCAUGAUCAAAAAUUUCAAUAUUAAGUAUUUAAUUCAGAUUUCUGCACAAUUUGAUUGAACUGAGCAAAUUGCGGCGUUGUAACUGACGUUAAACACUCGUUUACAGUAAAGUUGUUUCAUUUUGUUGCCAAUGAUAAAUUAAUUGGCGAAAACCUCUUCUAUCAAGUCAGGAACAAGAGCAAAAAUAAUAAAAUAUGUUCAUAUCCUCACUUUUAUAUAAAAUCGUCAGUAUCAAAACAACCUAAAAUUCACUAUAUGAAUAGAAUUUCUGUCUUUUUAAUUAUUGUGACAGUGUACUUACAUCGGCAAUAGCUUGUUCAAAUUCUUCCUGAACGUUUUCAUUUUCUUCUAAAAUAUUUAAUACUUCAUCAAAAUCAUCGCCAGAUACGACAAAAUUGUCCUCCGUCAAGGCCGCCAUCUUGUUUUGGUGUGCACGGUGAUAUUCACGUGACCGACUUUUCAACAUCGGUUGCCAAGCGCACGAAUCGUCUUUGAAGUUUACCGCGUUUCCUAACCAUGUUCCUAUAUGAAUUCUGUCGGGAAGUUUGUUGCGGGGGUCUGGAAAAUUACAUGAGCUUUUAUGAUCACAUGACAAAUAUUAAAUCAGAUGGAUUUAAUCAAAACCUUGGGUCAUUCCCGAAAAGAUCCAUACCACCCCCACGGAGGAAAUAGGAAGUUAACCCCCCUACCCCCUUUGGAUGUCCUAGUACAUUUACUAUUAUCCUAAACAAUUUUAUCUCCCCUCCCCCUUCGGAUGGCAGAAAUUUCCUCUGUGGGGGGAGUAUGGAUCUUUUCGGGAACGACCCAUUAUAAAAUAAACAACAAAUGUAAAUCACAUUAUAGAAUAUAUUAAUACAAUUAUACAGAAAGCUACAACAUAUACAUCUACAAAUCAGCAUAUAUCAACACUAUGUUGUUAUUAUUUAAAGUUGCACCUCUCACAUUAUUCUGGGUUAGAUAUAAUAUGCUAAUUUGUAUAUAGUAUUAUUUUUACCUAACAUCAUAACCUAUGUAAACCAUUGUAUUUCAUUAAAAAAACAAGAUAUCAGUUGAUAUCCACAUCGUUAUAUUUGUGUUGUAUGUGUAUGCAAUGAUUUUUGCCUGCAGAUUGAUUGAGACAAGAAAAUAAAAAGCUGAAUGUGCAAAUAAUUAGUUCUGGCAAAAUGUGUUGCUUUGAAUCCUUUGUCUGUAGCUCAACAAUAAAUGCAUGCA